CGGGGCUGUCCUUUGUUCAUAUCUAGAUAGCCUGACCGCAAGGUGACUGGCCCGUGCAGAUAUGUCAGUUUCAACCCUCCUGUCGGGCUUUGCGCUGCUGUCAUUAAUCCUACACAGAGCUGUGGCACAAAGCGGUAUCAUAUGUGUUGACCCUGUGCCGCUGAUAUUAGAAAACGAGAGUCCACUCACCUUGACCUUCACUCGUAAACAAGGAACUUCCGGCACCAUUACAGCCACCUACACCAUAAGUUCUCUGUCAGCAACAACUGCCGACUAUGGAGGGAGCCCCACUGGUACAAUCACUAUGAACGAUGGGGAGACAACCGCGUCCCUUGACAUUCCUAUAACGGAUGAUUCGCUGAUGGAACCAACAGAACAGUUCCGCUUUAUACUGAGCGGGGCGAACGUUGGUCCCGACAGCAACGUGCUGAUCAGCAUCCAAGAUGAUGAUGUUUAUUCGCCAUGGUCUCAGUGGGUAGACGGAACGUGCACUACCACGUGUGAUCCAGGCACCAAGACCGACACAAGAGACAGGACAUGUGUGUCACCAUUCACAAACUUAUGCGUCCAGCCACUGACGGACACCCGAACCAAUCCAUGUAACCUCGGGGAUUGCACGGUUAUCACCGAAUGGACCACAUGGGCUGAUGAUGGUUCUUGCUCAGCGACAUGUGGGCCUGGGAUUCAGUCGCAAGUUCGUAACCGGACCUGUUCCGGUAUUUGCCCGGGCAAUUUUAUGGGAAUGGAGGCGAGAAAUAUCGACUGUAACGAAGGGCCAUGUCCAGUUAUCACCGAAUGGACCGCAUGGGCUGAUGAUGGUUCUUGCUCAGUGACAUGUGGGCUUGGGAUUCAGUCGCAAGUUCGUAACCGGACCUGUUCCGCUAAUUGUCCGGCCAAUUUUAUGGGAACGGAGACGAGAACUGUCGACUGCAACAAUGGUCCAUGUCCUGUUAUCACCGAAUGGACCGCAUGGGCUGAUGAUGGUUCUUGCUCAGUGACAUGUGGGCCUGGGAUUCAGUCGCAAGUUCGUAACCGGACCUGUUCCGCUAAUUGCCCGGCCAAUUUUAUGGGAAUGGAAACGAGAACUGUCGACUGCAACAAUGGUCCAUGUCCUGUUAUCACCGAAUGGACCGCAUGGGCUGAUGAUGGUUCUUGCUCAGUGACAUGUGGGCUUGGGAUUCAGUCGCAAGUUCGUAACCGGACCUGUUCCGCUAAUUGUCCGGCCAAUUUUAUGGGAACGGAGACGAGAACUGUCGACUGCAACAAUGGUCUAUGUCCCAAAACCAGCCAGUGGUGCAGCUGGACGACGUAUGGUGGCUGCUCUGUCCAUUGUGGAAAUGGUGUUAAGACGCAGGUCCGGUCACGCUACUGUUAUGCCAACUGCCCAGCCAAUUUUGUCAAAUACGAGAUGAGAAAAGUGAAUUGCACCAUGGCUCCAUGUUCCACUUCUGGGUGGUCGAAAUACAACAGAUGGACGGGUAGGGGAUGGCAUGGGAGGUUUGGCAGACAUCAUUCCUCAUGGACUAGAUGGACGGGAUCCGGCUCGAGUCCGUCUUCAGGUUCGGGGUGGUCUGGAUGGAGCAGCUGGUCAAACGGAGGAUUAUGCAUGUCUAACUGCAGACAGAUAUAUUUGCGGAGACGCAGUUGCCCGCGUGGACAUUGUUCGGGAGGAAGUCUGCAGCGAUUUUACAAAAGAUGCUUCACAAACUCUCACUGCCGUCGUUACAGAUAUUAUGGCUAGACGCAACUUUACCGAAGCAACAUUCUGACGUUAAGUCCGCUGAUGCGUUUCCGAUAUUUCUUUAUUCAAACUCUUAAAGUCAAUGCUUGUGUUGAUUUAACUGUUAAUAGAUCCAGAAGUCACGACGCACAGAUAAAAAUAUUUCACCGAUAAAAACUUUGAAAAUUUUAAUCUUUUAUUAUAUUUAAAAAUGAUUUUCUUUUCCCCAAACAAUUAUGCACUUGAAUAUUGUAUCCGACCAAGAAAUAAAAAAACGUUAUCAAAACGUUACAAGGCUGAAAACAUACGCUGAAACACCGCGGACGUAAGGUUCAAAACACAACUUUGAUUUCAGAAUCAGAUACAUCACUAUCGAAUAAUCAUUUCUUGGUGGAUUCAUUUUUAGCCGCUAUCAAACAUUGGUGUAUAUUUUUUUGCCCGGCAUUUUAUUUCUAAUAAACCUUCCUGUACUGCGCUGUUGUUGUGGUGGAUUUUUAAGGUUAAAUAUAUGGUUACUUAGAGUCUAUGUUUGCAUACUAGAAGUUAAUAAAGGCUCUAUCUUA